AUGGAAAUAGUGUUAACACAUAUGAUAAUAACUGGCCUAGAAUAAAAGAGACCAUAGCAUAAACAUAACACUCACAAAAGAAGAAAGGAAUAAGCUAGAAGUUGAUUAGUCCAUAUUUAACUGGGGCAAACCAUACUCAAUGAGAAUCCAACCAAUCCUCAAAACUUCCCGUGUAUGCCCUCUUUUCAAAAGAAAUCUAAUACAGGAGAGAGAAAGGGGAGUGCUAACAAUUAUUGGUAGCUACGAGUUGGCUUUGUGAGGAGGGUGGAGAGAGAGAGAGAGAGAGGGGUAUAAAAAUAAAAUAAAAGAGAAAGAGAGAGAGAGAGAGAGAGAGAGAGAGAGAGAGAGAGAGAGGAGGGGUUAUAAUAAGAUGCUUAAUUUUGGAAUCAGCUGAGAAGUUGGUGGGUGACAAGAGAAAUGCCUCCAUUUUGUUUCUGGUGAGGAGUAGCAUUGGUUGUGGUAUAUGACUCUUCUAUUUAUUUACUAUAAUUUUUCUUUUUCAAAAAAAGAAAGGAGAGAUAGGAAAAAGGGAGGAGGCAGGGCGCCGUCUUUCUUUUGAUCUUUCCUCUACUUCUCCUCCUUUUAGCCUUUUUCUUUUUUUCUUAAUUGAAUAGUUAAUGAAAAUUAUUGUUCUCCUCUCUCUCUCUCUCUCUCUCUCUCUCUCUCCCUUCUCAUCUCCUUUUCUUUGGUUCUUCCCCCUUUGCUUUCUCUUCACUGUUCCAUCUCCUAGGUUUUGCCCCAUCCCACCUGUUCUUUGUAUUUAGGGGGAAAAAUAAAAAGGAAAAUAAAAGGGAAGAAGAAGAAAAAAAAAGAAAGAAAGAAAUUUAAUUAGGGCAAGUUUAUGGAUCCGGUAACAGCAUCAACACAUGGCCAUCAUCUUCCCCCAUUAUUCCAAGACUUUCACCACCACCACCUCCACCCUCAGCUCAAAUCCGACGACGACCUGCGCAGCCGCGGCAAGAAGCGCGACUACGACGACGACGACGACGACAACGCCAACGACAGCAGCAACAACAACAACAACAACAACAACAACAGCGGCGGCGACGGCGACGGCAAUAAUAAUAAUAAUAAUAAUAAUAGUAACGAUGUGAACCGGAGGCCGCGGGGACGCCCGGCGGGGUCGAAGAACAAGGCGAAGCCGCCGAUCGUGAUCACGCGGGACAGCGCCAACGCGCUGCGGACGCACGUGAUGGAGGUGGCGGGCGGGUGCGACGUCGCGGAGAGCGUGGCGGCCUUCGCGCGGCGGCGCCAGCGCGGCGUCUGCGUUCUCAGCGGCGUCGGCACCGUCACCAACGUCGCGCUGCGGCAGCCCCCGGCCUCCGCCGCCGCCGCAGCCGCAGCAGCGUCGUCGCAGAGCGGCGCCGUGCUGAACCUGCACGGCCACUUCGAAAUUCUCUCCCUCUCCGGAUCCUUCCUCCCCCCGCCGGCCCCGCCGGAGGCCACCGGGCUCACCGUCUACCUCUCCGGCGGCCAGGGUCAGGUCGUCGGGGGGAGCGUCGUCGGGUCGCUCAUCGCGUCUGGACCCGUGAUCAUAAUGGCCGCGUCCUUCGCCAACGCCGCCUACGAGCGCCUGCCGCUCGAGGAGGACGACCAGCCGCCAUCCGCCGCCGCCGCCGCCGCCGCGAUGCUCGGCGGCCAAGCACAGCAGCAGCAGCAGCAGCUUUUGGCGGCGGCGGCGGCAGCGGAGGCGAACGCAUUCCACGGGCUCCCGCAGAACCUCCUCGGCGGAAGUGUGCCGGUGCCGUCGGAGCCCUACGGUUGGGGCGGCGGCCGACGGCCCUUCUAAUCAUUCUGAUUACGCUUAAUCAGGAUUAAUUAACUGAAUUUGUGCUCUUGUUUAUUUUGUUUUCUGAUGUGCUAUGUUAGAAUUAAUGUGAUCAUGUGGUUUAUGAUUUUGAAGUGGAGUGUUACUUACUUACUUGUGGUUUAAUUAGUGGAACUGAGGAUUUUGUUAAUUAAUACACGUCUUUCAUUGUCUUUGGCCUAAUUAGACUACGCAGCAAACAGUAAUUUUAACUGUUGUACUGUAAUUUUUUUUCCUUUUAUUAUUUUUUUCAGGAUGUGUCUACUGAAUCAA